UUAUAAUGAAUCAUGAAUAGCAUACUGCCAUACUCCACAUACGCUAUACAUUUACAUACGUUUUUGAGACUUUGAGUUAUGACAUGCAUUCUAUUGUUUUAAACGUUUGAAAUAAUUAAAAACAUUAUUGUAUUAAAAAUGUUGCCAGAUAGUGAAAUACAAUCACUUUUAAACAGCUUAAGUGAUCCAGAAGAUUUAGAUACUAGUACUGGCAAUUCUGUGAUUGAUUUUGUUAGAGAUGAUGUGGUUAAUAUUGAUACAUUUUCUGUAGUUGAAGAGUUGGAGACUGAUAAUAUUGAAUAUAAUGAGGACUGUAAUACUCAAAUUAAUAUGACACUUAAUAUGGAACCAGGAGUUACUAAUUCUUAUGUAGAAAAGUAUUGUGAUAUGGUUGAAUUAAAUAAUUUACCUACUGUUCAAAAAAUGGAAAAAGAUGAUAGUGGUUUAACAGAACUUGUAGUAAAAGCAAAACGGAAACUUAAGUACGAAGAAGGGGAUGAGCAUGAAUGGUUAAAAAAUAAAAACAAAAUACUUAGAAUGCAAGGUCAAGACUAUAAAGGUCUAAAGAAAAAUGAAAUGGGGAAAUUUUCAUUUACAGAAAGUAGAUCUUCAAGACAGUUAGGAAAAAUAUGUGAACUGUAUUAA